AGGUAACCCCCUGUCCAUCAACCACCACCAUCACCAACCGCCACCUUUGUAUUUCCUCCCCCCGCUAAACAUUCACGUUAACACGAACAACAACAACAACAACAACAACAGCAUCCUACGAUUCACCACCUUAACCCACGAGCGCAUCGUAUAUCCCCUCCGCCUCAGCAGACCUGCCCCCAACCAGAAAAUGGCAACCUCCACCGCCCACCGCCGCCUCCUCCAAGAAUACCGCGCCCUAACCAACAACCCCCCCGAAGGCAUCACCGCCGGCCCCGUAACAGAAGACGACCUCCUCCACUGGGAAGCGCUAAUCCAAGGCCCCGAAGGAACCCCCUUCGAAGGAGGUGUCUUUGCCGCCGAGUUAAAAUUUCCGAGGGAUUACCCCCUCGCGCCACCAACGAUGAAGUUUCUUUGUGAUGUUUGGCAUCCUAAUGUCUACCCCUCCGGCAUGGUCUGCAUCUCAAUCCUGCACCCCCCCGGCGACGACCCGAACCACUACGAGCACGCGAGCGAGCGCUGGUCCCCGAUCCAGAGCGUGGAAAAGAUCUUGAUUAGCGUCAUGAGCAUGCUUGCUGAGCCGAACGAUGAGAGCCCGGCGAAUGUGGAGGCUGCGAAGAUGUGGAGGGAGAGGAGGGGGGAGUAUGAAGAGAGGGUGAGGGAGGGGGUGAGGAAGAGUUUGGGGUUGUGA